AUGGAAAACAAAAUCCCGCGGCUGCUCGGGACGAUUCCACUAUCCAGGUGCCGACCUGCACGUUAUGCUGGUUAUGUCCAGCUGCGGCGUGGCUCUACAUCGCCCUCGUCUUCAGAAAACUGGCGCCAGCCUCCAGCCUGGACCAAUGUAGCAGAAGAUGAAAUUGCCAAUCUGGCAGCUAUGCGGCGUCGCCCAUUGGCACUCGAAGAUCUCCUCAAACAUGGCCAGCCACCAUUGUCCAGACAGGCUCUCCUUGACUCUGCAAAUUUUACGCUCUCUCUUCUUCCUGCCCGUCUGGCGUAUCGAAUCCAGUGUUUGAGAAAUCUCCCCUUUAUCGUGGUUUCGAACCCCCAUGUCUCGCAAAUCUACAAUAACUAUCUGCACUCGCUAUCGACACUGCUACCUUACCAGCAACGUCGAAUAACCACGCUCGAAGAAGAAAAACAGUUCGCCGAAGUGAUGGCCGACCUUGUCCAAACCCACACGAAUACGAUCCCCAUCUUGGCUAGGGGAUUCCUGGAAUGUAAAAAGUACAUCAGUCCCUCAGAAGUCACUCGAUUCCUUGAUUCACACCUACGUGCUCGAAUCGGGACUAGGUUGAUUGCCGAACAACAUCUGGCCCUUCACUUUGCCUCUCAGCCGCUCAGCGACGAGAAUCCUAACCCUCCACACUCAGAAAGAGACCAUGCCCUUUCAAACUAUAUCGGCGUUAUUGACACUGCACUACGACCCUCGCAGAUUGUGCGGUCAUGCGAGCACUUUGUGAGUGAGAUCUGCGAGCUGCGAUACGGUGUUCGGCCGACUCUCGAAAUCAACGGAGAGCCCGAUGCUAGCUUUGCCUACAUCCCUGUUCACGUGGAAUAUAUCAUCACGGAGCUGCUGAAGAACGCAUUUCGAGCAGUUGUCGAGUCGGGAAACGAACGCGAGCCUAUUGAAGUCACCAUCGCCGCGGCUCCAGAUAUCCCAAAUCAUCGUUACAAUGACGUGUCCAACAUCCCACACCAUGCACGGGACGGCGAUGUGGACUUGGAUGCCAACGAAGAGAUCCUUGUUGCCAAUGAAAACAUCCGUAUGACCAAUACAUCUUCUCAGAGCAUCACAAUUCGCAUCCGUGACCGCGGAGGUGGCAUACCGCCUGAGAUUCUUCCUCAUAUUUGGUCUUACAGUUUCACGACAUUCUCUGAAAACGAGCAUCCUGGUGGCGGCAACGGCAACAUCGAUGCCUUGAAUACGAUUUCAGGAAGUAGCGGAAAUUCCAGCACCAUCGCUGGACUUGGUUAUGGCUUGCCGUUGAGUCGGGCGUAUGCCGAGUACUUUGGAGGAAGCAUUGCUAUUCAGAGUUUGUGGGGAUGGGGAACCGAUGUGUAUCUGACGCUGCAAGGUGUCGGUCGGAUUGGAGAGUGA